CUGCGGCGCGGGAGCUGCUUGCCCGCAGCUCGUCCCCCCGCUGCCGUCGGAGCGGAGCGGGGCGGAGAGGCGGCGCCGCCACCGCCACCGCCGUGCGCGGCGCCGGCACCUGCCCGAGCUGGAACACUCACAGCUUUCCCUAGAGGAUUAUAAGUUUUGAUAUUCAGAAGACUGAAGGAUGCCAUCUGAGAGGUGCCUGAGUGUUCAGGAAAUGCUGACAGGUCAGAGGCUUUGUCAGUCCAGCUCCCACAACGAUGCUGUCCUGGCAGCCCUGAACCAACAAAGAAGUGAUGGCAUUCUUUGUGAUAUUACCCUAAUUGCUGAAGAGCAGAAAUUCCAUGCACAUAAAGCAGUCCUGGCAGCCUGCAGUGACUACUUCCGAGCGAUGUUCAGUCUCUGCAUGGUUGAGAGUGAAGCUGAUGAGGUGAAUUUACAUGGUGUCACAAGCCUUGGUUUAAAACAAGCCCUGGACUUUGCAUAUACUGGACAGAUCCUCUUGGAACCAGGGGUGAUACAGGACGUCCUGGCAGCUGGGAGUCAUUUGCAGCUUCUGGAGCUUCUCAGUUUGUGUUCUCACUAUCUCAUUGAGGAAUUAAAUAGUUUUAAUUACUUGGACCUCUACAAGCUUGCUGAUCUUUUCAACCUCACUUUGUUGGAGAAUGCAGUCAUUGGCUUCUUAGUAAAACAUCUCUCUGAGCUAUUGAAGAGUCAUCCUGAAGAAGUUCUGGCACUCCCAUACUGUCUUCUUCGAGAGGUUUUUAAAAGCGAUAGACUCACUUCACUCAGUGAAGAACAAAUCUGGCAGCUGGCUGUGAGGUGGUUGGAACACAACUGCCGCUACCAGUAUCUGGAUGAACUUCUCCAGUACGUCCGCUUUGGCCUUAUGGAUGUGGAUACACUGCAUACUGUAGCUCUCACUCAUCCUCUUGUCCAAGCCAGUGAAACUGCGACAGCGCUCAUUAACGAGGCCUUGGCUUACCACCAGAGCGUCUAUGCACAGCCAGUUUGGCAAACUGCAAGGACAAAGCCUCGCUUCCAGUCAGAUACUCUUUAUAUUAUUGGUGGGAAAAAGCGGGAAGUCUGUAAAGUGAAGGAGUUGCGAUACUUCAAUCCGGUAGACCAGGAGAACGUUCAUAUUGCGGGGAUCGCCAACUGGAGCGAGCUGGCGCCUAUGCCUGUGGGGAGGAGCCACCACUGUGUUGCUGUCAUGGGAGACUUUCUUUUUGUAGCUGGUGGAGAGGUAGAGCACUCCACAGGGCGCACGUGUGCCGUGAGAACUGUCUGUCGAUAUGACCCCCGCACUAACUCCUGGGCGGAGAUAGCUCCGAUGAAGAACUGCCGGGAACACUUUGUGCUGGGAGCUGUGGAUGAGUACCUCUAUGCCGUAGGGGGCAGAAACGAAUUGCGUCAAGUGUUGCCCACAGUCGAACGCUACUGCCCCAAGAAGAACAAGUGGACCUUUGUACAGUCCUUUGAUCGAUCGCUCUCAUGCCAUGCGGGAUAUGUGGUGGAUGGUCUUCUUUGGAUAUCAGGAGGAGUAACAAAUACUGCACAAUAUCAAAAUAGACUCAUGGUCUAUGAUCCUAAGCAGAACAAGUGGUUAAGCCGUAGCCCGAUGCUGCAGAGGAGAGUGUACCACUCCAUGGCCGCUGUCCAGAGGAAGCUGUACGUGUUAGGUGGGAACGACCUCGACUACAACAACGAUCGGAUCCUGGUCCGUCACAUCGACUCCUACAGCAUAGACGCCGACCAGUGGACCCGUUGCAGCUUCAACAUGCUCACAGGUCAAAAUGAGUCUGGAGUUGCUGUCCAUAACGGUAGAAUAUAUUUAGUUGGUGGCUAUUCGAUUUGGACAAAUGAGCCUUUGGCAUGUAUCCAGGUGCUGGAUGUUAGCAAGGAGGGGAAGGAAGAGGUAUUCUAUGGGCCUACGCUCCCCUUUGCUUCCAAUGGAAUAGCAGCCUGCUUUCUUCCAGCUCCUUAUUUCACAUGCCCCAACCUUCAGACUCUGCAAGUGCCUCACCACAGGAUCGGCACGAUGUGACAUUCCUUGCGCUUCACAGAAUUGGAAGU